CCGGAGCCAUGUUCGGCCUGUGGAGGUCCUACCAGGCCUUGAUGGGCAGAUACCCCUGGACGGUGCAGAUCGUGACCGCUGGUAGGAGACGACACCGGGCUUCAGCAGAACUGGGUCACUUCUGCCCCGGUUUCAGUCAACAAAGGGAAGGACUCUGGACCCGACGUUAAUGUUUGAGCCUAAAAACAAGCGGUUCCUGGAAACUUCAAUGUGUUGAAAAACUUAUCUGCAAAAAAUAAAACAGAACUAAAAGUAAAAACAAAUAAACAAACAGUUGGAUUUUUAAUAUCUCUCAAAGAAACUACUGAACAGAGCAAAGCCAAAAUAACAAAUAAUCAGGUGAUUGGUUUUAAACAUGUUUUGUCAGUGAGGCUCACGGUGCAGUGACGUGAAGCUUCCACUAGAGGGAGCUCGUUUACGUCAGAUUCAGAUGCUCUGAGGAAGUUGGGUUGAACUUUACAUUGUGACACCUUUUUAUAAAAAGACAAACAUGACCGUCUAAAUAAUUUAACUUGAUGAAUCAGUAUAGAACAGAACAUUUCAAACUAAAUCGUGUUCUCGUUAAAAGCCUUUACCUUCCUGCGCGUCCGUCUCCUGCAGGGUCGUUGGUCGGCGUCGGGGACGUCAUCUCUCAGCAGCUGAUUGAAAGACGGGGGUUGAAUCAGCACAACGUGCGACGCACGGCCAAGAUGAUGAGCAUUGGUUUCUGCUUCGUGGGCCCAGUAAUCGGCAGCUGGUACAAAGUUCUGGACCGCCUGGUGGUGGGAGCGACGACGAGCGCCGCCGUGAGGAAAAUGCUGGUGGACCAGCUGUGCUUCGCGCCCUGCUUCCUCGGAGCCUUCCUCUACAUCUCCGGGGCUCUGAACGGACUGACGCCGGAGCAGAACGCGGCCAAGCUGAAGCGCGACUACGCUGACGCUCUGAUCUCAAACUACUACCUUUGGCCUCCGGUGCAAAUGGCCAACUUCUACUUCAUCCCGCUGCAGCACAGGUUGGCCGUGGUCCAGAUCGUGGCCGUUGCUUGGAACUCCUACCUGACGUGGAAGGCCAAUAAGAUGUGAAGGCUGAUCACACGUCGGAUGAUUCGCCACUCAUUUGUAGUGUGUGUGACUCGGGACGUUCUCUCCAAUGUGUAAAACUGUGACUGCGUCACUGAAGGUCAGGAGAAAGUGCUCGUCUCUCUGGUGACACAUUCACACUUGAAAGUCAAACUUUCAUUUGGAAACACGUCUGUGAAAGUUUGUUAUUUAUGGAAAUAGGAUUUGGCUGCAGAAGAAGCCUUUGAAUCGAAUGGAUUUGUAUUCGCAUCCUGUGACUUUGUAAUAAAUCCUCACUCUUUA